GAGAGGGCCAACGGCGAGAGAGAAAGUGCAAGAAAGAGAAGGAAAGCGCGAGAAAAUAAGAGGGAAAAUAGUUGCAGAGGAUCUUCUUCUUUCUCGUUCCGGAAGGAUAAAAGGUCCGCCAUUGGCAUUGUAGCCUCUGCAACAACAUUUCCCAUGUGACCUCGUCCAUUGUCUCAAAACAUCCAAUCCCACCUACAGUUUUGUGGCACAAAGCCGUACAUUCAGAGCCAGAGGUACCGGAGCGACAUUGCCAUUCUUUUACGUGCGUGCUGCUCCAAUUCCGAGUUUGAGCAAUUACGCACAAUUUUUUGGAUCUUUGUGCGUACGGUUCGCUCCGGAGAGAAGAAUCCAUGGUUUCGUCGGCAUUGGGUGGUGGCUGUUGCUGAGGGAAUCUAGGGUUUUGGAGCUCUGCCUGGGAUCUGAAUCGAAUCAGAUUUUUCGUCUGCAAUGGCUGCUAAUGUUAAUUUGGCGGUUGGAUCUCUGGUUUGGGUGGAAGAUCCUGAGGUAGCUUGGAUGGAUGGAGAAGUUGUAGGAGUUAAUGGUGAAGAGAUUGAAAUAAACUGUACAUCAGGGAAGACGGUUGUGGCUAAAGUAUCCAGUGUGUACCCAAAGGAUCCUGAAUUUCCUUCAUGUGGUGUAGACGAUAUGACAAAGUUGGCAUAUCUGCAUGAACCAGGGGUUUUGCAAAAUUUAAAAAGUCGAUACCAUAUAAAUGAAAUAUAUACUUACACAGGAAGCAUAUUGAUAGCCGUGAACCCUUUCCGGAGACUACCUCAUUUAUAUGAUAAUCAUAUGAUGGAACAGUAUAAAGGAGUAGCUGUAGGCGAGCUGAGCCCACAUCCUUUUGCUAUAGCUGAUGCUGCAUACAGACAGAUGAUUAAUGAGGGAAUAAGCCAGGCAAUUUUGGUCAGUGGGGAAAGUGGAGCUGGAAAAACAGAGAGUACAAAGAUGCUUAUGCGUUAUCUUGCCUAUAUGGGGGGAAGAGCUGCAUCUGAGGGGCGGUCUGUGGAGCAGCAAGUCCUGGAGUCCAACCCUGUUCUUGAGGCAUUCGGUAACGCAAAGACUGUGAGAAAUAAUAAUUCAAGUCGUUUCGGUAAGUUCGUAGAGCUUCAGUUUGAUCAGAGGGGAAGAAUCUCAGGAGCAGCCAUCAGAACUUAUUUGUUGGAGCGAUCCCGAGUUUGUCAAGUGUCUGACCCUGAGAGAAAUUACCAUUGUUUUUAUAUGCUCUGUGCUGCACCUCCAGAGGAUGUCGAAAGGUACAAAUUGGGUAAUCAAAGAGCAUUUCAUUAUUUAAAUCAGUCAAACUGCUAUGAGCUGGACGGGGUGGACGAUUCUAAGGAGUACCUAGCAACUAGGAAAGCUAUGAAUGUUGUUGGGAUAAGCUCUGAUGAGCAGGAUGCAAUAUUUCGAGUUGUAGCUGCAAUACUCCAUUUAGGCAAUGUUGAGUUUGCGAAGGGGAAUGAGACUGAUUCAUCUGAACCCAAGGAUGAUAAAUCUCGGUUCCAUCUCAAAAUAGCUGCUGAACUUUUCAUGUGUGAUGGGCAAUCUCUUGAAGAUUCUCUGUGCAAGCGUGUAAUUGUGACCCGUGAUGAGACCAUUAAAAAAAGUUUAGAUCCAGAUUCUGCAGCCAUCAGUAGAGACGCAUUAGCUAAAAUUGUAUAUACAAGGUUAUUUGAUUGGCUUGUAAACAAGAUAAAUAACUCUAUUGGUCAGGAUCCUGAUUCAAAAUAUUUGAUUGGAGUUUUGGAUAUUUAUGGAUUCGAGAGUUUCAAGACAAACAGCUUCGAGCAAUUUUGUAUCAAUUUGACAAAUGAAAAAUUGCAGCAGCAUUUUAACCAGCAUGUGUUCAAGAUGGAGCAAGAAGAAUAUACUAAAGAAGAAAUUGACUGGAGUUACAUAGAGUUCAUAGAUAAUCAGGAUAUUCUCGAUCUCAUUGAAAAGAAGCCUGGCGGCAUCAUUGCUCUUCUUGAUGAGGCUUGUAUGUUCCCAAGAUCAACACAUGAGACAUUUUCACAGAAGCUUUAUCAAACUUUUAAAGACCAUAAACGUUUUAGCAAGCCUAAAUUGUCACCAACCGACUUCACCAUUUGUCAUUAUGCUGGUGAUGUUACUUAUCAAACAGAAUUCUUCCUAGAUAAGAACAAAGAUUAUGUUGUUACAGAGCAUCAAGCACUCCUUAGUGCCUCUGAGUGCUCUUUUGUUUCAGGCUUGUUCCCUCUUUUACCUGAAGAAUCUGCCAAAUCAUCAAAAUUCUCUUCAAUAGGUUCUCGAUUCAAGCAACAACUGCAAUCUUUGCUUGAAACACUAAGUGCAAUUGAACCUCACUACAUACGUUGUGUAAAACCAAAUAAUCAACUUAAGCCAGCCAUUUUUGAGAAUGGUGCUGUUUUACAGCAGCUUUGCUGCGGGGGAGUAAUGGAGGCGAUUAGGAUUAGUUGUGCUGGAUAUCCGACCAGAAAGACCUUUGCGGAAUUUGCAAGUCGUUUUAGCAUCCUAGCACCCGAGGUUCUAAAUGGAAGUGUUGAUGAGGUUGCUGCAUGCAAGAAGCUUUUACAGAAGGUCAACCUCAAGGGAUAUCAGGUUGGCAAAACAAAAGUGUUUCUCAGAGCUGGUCAGAUGGCAGAACUAGAUGCUUAUCGAAGUGAGGUCUUGGGAAGAUCAGCAAGCAUUAUCCAGAGAAAAGUCCGCUCCUACCUAUGUCGCAAAAAAUUUGUCUUGUUACGGUUGUCUGCCAUCCAAAUCCAAGCGUUAUGUAGAGGACAAGUUGGACGCCAUCAAUAUGAAAACAUGAGAAGGGAAGCUGCUUCUGUGAAAAUCCAGAAAUAUGGUCGCUCGUAUAUCUCUAGGAACGCUUAUAAAAAUGCGUGCUCUUCAGCUGUUUCUAUUCAAACUGGUAUGCGUGGGUUGGCUGCUCGUAAGGAGCUUAAGUGCAGGAAGCAAACAUGGGGUGCAGUUGUUAUACAGAGUCAAUGCCGGAAAUACUUGGCCCGUGCUCGUUAUUUAAGAAUGAAGAAAGCAGCAAUUGCAACACAAUGUGGUUGGAGGCGAGUAGUUGCUCGUAAGGAGUUGCGGAAGCUUAAGAUGGCUGCAAAGGAUGCUGGUGCUCUCCAAGAAGCGAAAAAUAAGCUGGAAAAGGAAGUUGAAGAACUAACCUGGCGUUUGCAGCUGGAGAAGCGAAUGAGGGCUGACAUGGAGGAGGCCAAAACAAAGGAAAAUGCAAAGUUGCAGUCUACUUUGCAAGAGAUGCAACUCCAAUUUGAAGAAACUAAAUCACUGCUUAUGAAGGAACGUGAGGCUGCAGUGAAAGCAUCUGAGGAGGCAGCGAAAGCAGCUGAGGCUUCAGCGAAAGCAGCUGAGGCUUCAAUGAAAGCGGCUGAACAAGUUCCUGUCGUACUGGAGCUUCCAGUUGUUGAUCAUGAAAUAGUCACUAAGCUUACUGCUGAAAAUGAGCAGCUCAAGGCUCUGGUAGACUCACUGGAAAAGAAGAUUGAUGAAACAGAGAAAAAGUUUGAAGAAACAAGCAGGCUUAGUGAAGAGCGGUUCAAGCAGGCUACGGAGGCAGAGUCAAAGAUAAUUAAAUUGAAGACUGCCAUGCAGAGGCUUGAAGAAAAACUUUCUGACAUGGAAACUGAGGACCAAAUUUUGCGGCAGCAAGCAUUGAAGAUUUCAUCUUCUAUGAAAAUGUCAGAACAUUUAGCAGGAGCAGCAGCUCAGCCCUUGGGAAAUGGUCAUCAUGAACCACUGAGACCUACACCAUCAAAGAGAUUUGGCUCAGAGUCUUUGAGAAGAUCCCAAAUUGAAAGGCAGCAUGAGAGUGUAGAUGCUCUUAUGAAUUGCUUGACAAGUAAUGUUGGGUUCAGUGAAGGAAAGCCAGUUGCAGCAAUUACAAUAUACAAAUGUCUUCUCCACUGGAGAUCAUUUGAAGCGGAAAAAACUAGUGUAUUUGACCGACUUAUUCAGAUAAUUGGUUCUGCAAUUGCGGAUCAGGAUAACAACGGUCAUAUGGCUUAUUGGCUUUCCAAUACAUCUACAUUGUUGUUCCUGCUCCAGCGGAGUUUAAGAACUGCUCCGCGAAAGCCUCCUACUCCAACAACUUUAUUUGGAAGGAUGACCCAAGGCUUCCGAUCUUCUUCUGCCAAUCUUUCCGUUGGUGCUUCUGAUGUUGUGCGUCAAGUUGAGGCCAAGUAUCCGGCUUUGCUCUUUAAGCAGCAACUUACAGCAUAUGUAGAAAAGAUAUAUGGAAUCGUCCGAGACAAUUUGAAGAAGGAAGUGUCACUUAUGCUUUCUUCUUGCAUCCAGGCACCCAAAACAUCAAAGGGGAGUGUUUCAAAAUCACCUGAAGGAUCAAAUAGUAAUAGUCCUCCAGCUAAUCCUUGGAAUAGCAUGAUCGCUAGUCUUAAUGGGUUUCUCUCUACGUUGAAAGAAAAUUGUGUUCCUCCAAUUCUUGUUCAGAAGUUAUCUACUCAAACUUUCUCAUAUAUCAAUGUACAGAUUUUUAAUAGCCUUCUUCUUCGUCGAGAGUGCUGCACAUUUAGCAAUGGGCAAUAUGUGAAGAAUGGGCUAGCUGAAUUGGAGCUAUGGUGUAGCCUAGCAAAAGAAGAGUAUGCUGGCUCAUCAUGGGAUGAACUCAAAUAUGUAAGGCAGGCUGUAGGGUUCUUGGUUCUACACCAAAAGUCCAGAGUCUCGUAUGAUGAACUUACAAAUGACCUCUGCCCUGUCUUGAGUGUUCAGCAGCUCUACAGAGUAUGCACACAAUUUUGGGAUGACGAUUAUAACACGCAAAGUGUAGCCCCUGAAGUCAUUUCCAGCAUGAACUUUCUGAUGACAGAUGACUCCAGCAAUGAUGAUAGCAGCUCCUUUUUGUUGGAUGACAAUUCCAGCAUUCCUUUCUCGGUUGAUGAUAUUUCUAGUUCCAUGGAAGACCAGAGCUAUUCAGAUGUGAAACCUCCUGCUGAGCUUUUGGAGAAUUCAGAUUUCCAAUUUUUACAGGAGUAA